AUGUAUGCUCUGUUAGAAGAAAUAUAUGGUGAUGAUGAAGGUGAGGAUGAGGUUGAUGUUGAAAGACAGUUAGUGAGAACAAACCGAGGAGAAGGUUGGCGCCGUGUGCAACAGUUGAUGUUUGAAUCUGAGGUGCAGUGCUUUGAGAUUCUGCGAAUGAAUCAGUCCACAUUCAAGAGUUUAUGCAAGACGCUUAGCGAGAAGUAUAAACUAGAGGAAUCUUCGAACGUUUAUCUUGAAGAGAGUGUUGCAAUGUUCAUAGAGAUGGCUGCACAAGAUCUUACUAUAAGGGCACUAGCUGAGAGAUAUCAACAUUCAGUUGACACAGUGAAAAGGAAGCUAGAUGAUGUUUUGAGUGCUGUUUUGAAACUCGCAAAACACAUAGUGAAGCCUAAAAGAGAUGAGUUCACCAAUGCUAGUCCUUUUCUGCUUGGUAAUGAAAGGUAUUGGCCUUAUUUUAGAGAUUGCAUAGGAGCUCUUGAUGGUACUCAUGUGUCAGUUCGUCCUUCAGCAGAGGAUGCAGAUCGGUUUAGAGGAAGAAAGGGAGAACCAACCAUGAACAUACUAGCUCUAUGCAACUUCAACAUGAGAUUCAUCUAUAGCUAUGUAGGAGUUCCAGGAAGAGCGCAUGACACUAAGGUAUUGACACACUGUGCUACAAAAGAAGCUUCUUUUCCUCAUCCUCCUCCAGGAAAAUACUAUUUAGUGGACUCUGGGUAUCCAACAAGAAGUGGGUAUUUAGGACCUCAUCGCAAGACAAGGUACCAUCUGGAUCUAUUCAACAGAGGAGGACCUCCUACGAACAGCAGAGAACUGUUUAACCGCAAGCAUUCUAGUUUGCGCUCAGUUAUUGAGAGAACCUUUGGGGUUUGGAAGGCUAAAUGGAGGAUUCUGGAUCGAAAACACCCUAAAUAUGAGCUGAAGAAAUGGAUCAAGAUUGUCUCAGCAACAAUGGCGCUUCACAACUUUAUUCGGGACUCAAAUAUGGAGGAUUCUGAUUUUACUCAUUGGGAAAUGGUGGAAGGAUAUGAAGAGCAUGGUGAUCAAAAUCAUGCUCAUGUUCCUUACAUACCAGCUGGUGAUCGUGUGAUGGAGGCUGUGCGUGAUAGAAUCACCACAGAGAUGGCGCAGGGAACUAGACUUCCAUACUAA